AAGAAAAAACCAAAACAGUAAUCUCUUUCUUUCUUUCUCUCUCUCUCUCUCUUCUCCCCCUUUUUCUACAGAAAUAACCAAAUAGAUAGUCAUUAUCAUAAAUUUAAGUUUAAAAUUACUAUUAUAUCCUUUUAAAUAUCUAUUCCAUCCAAGCUGAGAUUUCAGUCAGUGUUGUCACCCUAAAGCCAAACGUAACUCUUUGACGGUUUGAGUUUGACCUUUUUUAAAACCCCUGAAAAAAUCCCCUUUCUUGUAAUAGUCUUUUUGCCCAAUUCUCCCUUUCUUCCAACAAAAUUAGGGUUCCUCUCUCUCUCUCUAUCUAUCUAUAUAUAUAUAUAUAUCUCUGAAAUCCAGCGAAAACUGAACAUUUUCUGGGUUCUUAUCUCUCAAAAAUUUGAGCUUUUUUUUUUCUCGUGUCAAUUGUGGAAUUUAAAAAUCCGAAAUUCAUUGAAAUUAUGCCAUCAUUUGCAAUGCAGUGUUUGGAAACAGAACCGGAGUUAAACGGCAAUGUUGUAACGAUCAAUGUCGGCGGCCAAAUUUUCCAAUCAACCAAACAAACCUUAACCCAAGCGGGCUCCAAAUCCCUCCUUUUUCAACUUGCAGAAACGACGUCCAACCGUUUUGUCGACCGAGACCCCGAUUACUUUUCUCUCCUCCUCUCUCUCCUCCGAACCGGUACCAUUUCUUCUAAAGUCAAAGACUUUGACCUGGGCGACCUCAUCGAAGAAUCUAGAUUCUACGGCCUUGAGUCCCUCUUGACCAGCUCUUUGACCAAUCCUUCCCACUUUGACGCUUUUGCCCUUCAAAAAUCUUCCAUGUUACCCUUGAACGGUCGCGAUUCCCCUUCCGCGAUUGCCACGACGCCAUUUGGGUCCUUGCAUGUUUCCCACGGUAGCAAGAUCACGUCUUUCGAUUGGUCGCUGACAAGAAAGUCAACGAUUUUGACCCAAUUCACAGCCGUUGAUUCCUUACUUGCAAUAUGCCCGGAUGUCGCGGCGGCCGGUGCAACCGACUUCUCAGGACUCCAGAUUCUCGAUCUCCAAAAUGGAUCCAUCAAACAAGUUCUCAAUUGGGAGAAUGUGACCCGGUCCGGUUCCACGGUUCAAGCUAUUGGUUCAUCAGGCGAAUUCUUGUUUACUAGUUUCGAAUCCAGUAGGAGAAACUCCAAUUCAAUUCUGGUUUAUGAUAUGAAUACUUUGAACCCUGUUACCGAGAUUGGUCAUAAUGAGAUUUUCGGGGCUGAUCUUGAUUCAGCCAUCCCUGCUACAAAGCUGAGAUGGGUUUCGAGUUACGGGUUACUUAUGGCAUCCGGGUCUCAUAGCGGGCUAUCGGGUGUGUCAGGUAAUAUUAAGUUUUGGGAUAUAAGAUCUGGUAAUGUGGUUUUUGAAUUGAAGGAGAAAGUUGAUUGCUUUUCGGAUGUUUGCGUUUCGGAUAAUUUGAAUGCGAUUUUUAAGGUUGGAGUGAAUUCUGGGGAGGUUUUUUAUGCGGAUUUGAGAAUUUUAGGGAGUGUGAAUGAUGAUGGAAAUGAUAAUAGUCCAUGGAUUUGUCUUGGGGAUAGGAGGAGGGUGGCUAAUGGGAAGAAAGUAGGGUCUGGGUGCAAAAUUGAGAGCCAUGGUAAUCGAGUGUUUUGUAGUAAAGGAGGGGAAAUUGAGUUGUGGUCGGAGAUUGUGAUGGGUUCGGCGAAGAGUAGUGAGGGUCGAUUGAAAGAAAGGGUCUUUAGGAAGAAUUUGAUGGGGAGAGUGAAUGAUAAAGGAGGCUUGAGGAUAACCAACUUGUCAUUUGAUGGGAACAAGAUGUUUGUGACCCGGAAGGACCAGCAAGCUGUAGAGAUUUGGCAGGGUUCGACAAGAGGUUUUUGAUCUUCGAAACCUUUGGUUAGAUGUUGCAUAGGACAAAUGUUGAUCAAUCUACGAGUCAGUAAACUAUUUCAUAAGUUAGUGUCUAGUUUUAUACUUUUGUAAAUAGGACUGUCUUGUACCUUGUGAUUGUUUAUAUAUUUGGUUCUUGGUGAUUGAAUUCGUAUCAACUAUUGAUACUGUAAUAUUGAAUCAUAAAUGAGAAGAAGCUCGGCUUUGCUGUUUA